AUGCCGCUCUAUAACUCGGCAGUAGUGGAUGUAGAAGGCCGUCUGGACCCCGUAGCUUUUCGGCAGGCGUUCAUUCAGUCGUUGCAGCACUAUCACUACGACGUGAAUGGGUUCCUGAUAAACCGUUACGCUCCAGCGAUGAGCGAAGCAGCGAUGAACGCGCGAAUACAGCAGCACCCGGCACCGGCUCGCCCGGCGCUCGAAGAAUUGAGUGACGAAGAGGAGACUGAAGAACCGAUGCCUAGGGUCAUGCCUCCGGCCCCGGUCCGUCCCAGACUCAAGCUGGUAGUCGAUUUGGAUAAUACCCUAGUUCACGCCCAAAGCAAGUACAAGCUCAACUUCAUUGAGCCGGAGCUGUACGACUUCCGGGACGCUGUCGGAAACAGCGAGCUUUUCCGCUUCACGCUACCCCGGCAACCGGGCCAAGCCUACUUCCUCAAACUCAGGCCAGGCGCCGUGCAAUUUCUGCGAGACCUGAGCGCCUUCUACGAUAUUGCCGUGCACACGAACGCUACUCAGGAAUACGCUGACGUAGUACUUUCCAUUCUAGACCCAGAUAGAACCGUGAUCGGCCUCAGGAUCGCAGCACGGUUUGAUGAGUCGAGUAAAGAUGAGAGGAAGGACAUGAACAGGUUGUAUCCUGGCGAUCGGGAGAAGUUAUUGCGGGAACUGUUGAUUCUGGACGACCGGCGGGACGUCUGGGAUGCACAGUUUGAGAAAAAUAUAUUGCAGUGUCAUUACUACGAAUAUUUCGAGUCGCGGAAAGAGACGUUGAGCAAGCGGUACGUGCCCAAGGCACCGUUCAAGCCGUAUGUGACUGGCGUUAACUUCCCGCCACCUGUCUCGCCCUUCCCCGUCACGCUGGAGGGGCCGGACUUCGACGACACUGACCCAAUCGCUCGAGCACUCCUGGACGAUGACCGCCAGCUGUUCUUCUUCAAGGAGGUUAUGUGUAACGUCGCGAGAGAGUGGUACGACCUCCAAAGCAAAGGAAUCAAUAGAUCAGCUUCUGAGUUGUUGGCUGCCCGACGAGCGCGGAUUUUGGAGGGUUGCGUGGUUUUAAUGACCGGGUAUCACAAGGUGGAACAGGCGAGUCAGUUUGGGAUGUUGGACAACGGGCCGCAGCACAAGCGGAGAUUAGAGUUUAUGGGGGCGCAGGUGGUGGAGCAGGCGAGCGCGGCGGUGACACACGUUAUUGUGAUGCGACAGACGGUGAGUACGGAUCGGGCGAGGAACACAUGUGGGCGCAAUACGAAGUUCGUGCAUAAUUUGUGGAUCUACGCUUGUGAGCAUGCCUGUAGCCGGGUGGACGAGGCUCUGUUCGAGGCUAAGGCCAUCCUUGCCCAGUUUGCCACACCACCCCAGCGUCCACAGUUUGACCAUUGGAAACGAACCAAAGAGGCCGUGCCCGCCUCCAUUGCCGAAGUCGCACUUCACCCAGACCUUCAGGCACUCAGCAGCGUACAGGCACUCAGCAGCGUACAAGGCAAUACACAGGGCCACGCACAAGACGUGUCUGAAACACGGUUACGACCAACGGGAUCUGAACAUGUGGCCGACAUAAUGGCCAGGCCAGACAGGCCCGAUUCCAACGUAUAUGGAGGAGUUGACUAUAUGCCCGAUAGCCAACUGACCUCGAGCCAACUGGCGUCGAGUCAGAGCCAGAUGGCGAACCAGAGUCAGGGCACUCCACAGGCCACCGGCACUCCCACAGAAGGGAACCUGGCAGGCCGGAAAAGGAAACUUUCAACGGAGACGGGCGCCAAGGUCUCGCGACGACGACGAAUUGGCCCACCCGCCCUCCCCAAGACAUACGGAGAAAACUACUGGCCCUCCGGCGGCCCUUACAGCCAUGGCGCCGAAGUCUGGUCUGCUCUUGAGCACGUGACCUUGCGGUAUGACUCCUUUUUUGUUCACAACUUGGCUACCUCUGGAGGGGGUCUUCCCUGCGAUUCUUAA